AUGGAGAGCAGCAUGAAGCAGGUGGUGCUUGAAGAGGAGCUUUUCCCGCACCCUCACGACUCGGAGAACGGCUGCUGCUGCCCCGGCUGCUGCAUGUCCUGCGCCGUGUGCUGCGGCAAAUGCUGCGCCAAGUGCGUCCGCUGCUGCUGCCUGCCCAAGUGCUGCCUGCCCAAAUGCCCCAAAUGCCCCAAAUGCUGCGGCUGCCGCGGCUGCUCGGGGUGUCCCGGCUGCUCCGGCUGCCGCGGCUGCUCGGGCUGCUUCGGCUGCCUCAAGAAGUCGCUGUGUUUCGUCCCUCGGAUGCUCUGCUCCUUGCCCCGCAAGCUCCUGAGCUGCGGCCACGUCCGCUGCCUGCUGAUCGUGGUGGUCGUGGUGGUCCUGCUGGUGCUCAUCGUCGCCGCCGCGCUGCUGUUGUGGCUGAGCGUUGAGCAGCGCCGCGCCGAACCCGUCCUGCGGAGCGGGCUGUGGGCUGGACCGGCCUGGGAAGAGGACGCGGCCACUUUCUACCUGGACAGCGGGGACGGGAACGCGGCCACGGUCAUCUAUGAUUACAAAAAUCUCCUGGUGAGCUACAGAGCCCGGAGCCACCGCGCCUGCUAYGUGACCCGCGUGGACAAGGACAACAUCCCGGGGCUGGACACGGUGMUCGAGACCUUCCAGCGCCGGCAGGCUGAGGACAGGAUCUCCGUGGCCCUGGCUGACCGCUCGCUKCUGGGCACAACAGCGAGCAUCCUCUGCAGCCUCCUCCCCGUCUACUGGGCUUAA